AUGUGGAAAUAUUCAUCCUUUCCCUAUUUACUGUCAGCGGAGUCUACUUUUCCCCUUUUACUGAAAGAUAGUCGCUGCUUAAGUUGUCAAUUCCGCGGAGUCGGUGGUGCGAUAUCAUUUCCCCGUCGGUACGCUAGCAACAGCAAUGAUGUGAAGAAAACGACCGCGAGUUCGGAGUCCUCAAAGAAGAGCCCAGAGCAAGAACAACAGAAAACGGCCUCAGGCGCUUCCAGUGAUGGCGAGGAGUUUACUCCCCUUAUGCUCGACCGACCGAUCGGUCUCCUUUACCCUCCUCAAGAAGGACAAAAUACAGGCGUUGAUACGCGCACGCUGAGACAACGGCGGGAUGAUUUUGUCAAUUAUGAGAAACACCUCCAGCGGCGCAAGGAAUUGACAAGACAAGUCGCAAAGCCGUACUUCCGAGACUGGUCUAACCUUCGUUACCAUGAAGGCAAGACAUUCCGGUCGAACCCUCGACUCUUCAAACGGGACAAGGCACUGUAUUUUCCCAACAUGUAUGGGAUUACCCUGGCGUCGCCGAGAGAACCACAAAACACGACAACUACUCUCCGCGGCAAGGUCUCCGUCGUGAGUUUGUUCUCGAGCUUGUGGGCGGAGCAGCAGGUGGCGACGUUUACAGGGCGAGAACAGAAUCCAGGGCUAUACGAUGCACUUGGGAACGAUACUUCCCUGGCGCAAAAAGUGGACAUCAAUCUGGAGGAGAACGCAAUGAAGGCAUGGCUGGUACGGAUGUUCAUGUGGAGGAUGAGACGGAAAUUGCCUGCAGAGCAGCAUCAAAGAUAUUUCCUCGUCCGCAAAGGCCUAACAGACGGUUUGAAGGAGGCUAUCGGAAUGAUGAACAGUAAGGUCGGAUAUGUCUAUCUUCUGGAUGAUGACUGUCGGAUCCGGUGGGCCGGUAGCGGUCCUGCCGAAAAGUCGGAGGUCGAGGCGUUGAACAACGGAAUUAGGAAGCUGAUUGAAGAGAAGAGAAAACGCGUGGAAUCUGACCUUCCAGUCUCUGAGUGGGAAAGCGUGAAAAAGAAGGAUGAAGCGGCAAGUACCAAGCCAAGAGUUGUGAUGACGAAGUAA